AUGACUUCUGAAGUAAAUUGUUUCAAAACAAAUGAAUUUGAACAACGACGAAAGUUGAGGCUGCAACAGGUUCGUGAACAAUCAAAAGAAAUUGCGAAGAAAAUUCGACAGCGUGCUAAAGUUGAAACAUUGCAGCAGAAGAAAGUCGUCGAUGCAAAGAAAGAAAAGAAAUAUCUUGAAUGUCAAAAGCAAUUCGUUAACCGAUUACAAGAACUUUAUACAAAAGGAUUGCAGAAUGUUGGUGCUGGUCAUGAGAAUGCAUCAGAAUACAAUGUAGAAGAUUUUGAUAAGAAGAUUGAUAAAUCAAAAGUAAGGGGUAGAGAAGCAGUGGCUGCACUAAGAAGAAAAAAGCAAGAAAUACUAAAUAAGAAUAAACAAUUGCUGGACAGGAAACUGCGUGCUAGGGAAGCAGCUAAUGAACUAAGUAGAGAAAAAUCAACUGUGGUGUCUAAAAAUCUUCAAACAACAACAAAGGACUCUGAAGUUGUAUCAGAUAAUAAGAAAAUUGAUGACAUUCAAAAUUCAAAACAAUCAGCAGAUCCUGUAAAAAAAAUUGACAUGGCUACACAAUCCAAUUUAGAUGAACCAUCAAAUGACUGCCAAACAGAAGUACCCAUAUUGUUGUUGCCAGAAAAUGAAUGUAUCAGAGAAAGUGAUAUAGCUGAAAAAUCUGAAAAUAGCAAAAGGCCUAAUUUGUUUGCACUUAGUGAUGAAAUGCCAUCAAGCUUGCGUGGUGGCAUAUCGAGUAGUAAAUCUCAAGAAGAUGUGUGCCAGAAAUCAUCGCUCACAUUAGUUUCUGAAUAUAUUCAAAACAGGCAUCUUCGUUUAAGAGAAUCCGAGACAAAAUGUCAUAAAAAUCAAACUGAGGACUUGCAAAAUAUUAAACAUACCAUACUUCAGGCUAGAGCUUCUAAGACAGAAGGUAGUGAAUUUGAUAAUGCAUGCCAAGUUGUAGAUGAACAGGUUGUCUCAGUUCCAGUUUGGAAAGCUGAGCCAAACUGCCAGUUUUGCAUGCAAAAUGUUUUUAAAUGUAUUCUUCCCCCUGUCAACAGCAAGGAAUUCAAAUCUGUUAUUGAUUCAACCUUUAAUAAGAUGAUUGGUUCUGCACAAUCAACAUCAAAUGACCUACACAAACAAGUCUACGAAGAAAUCCCUGGAAAAAAUUGCAAUUUAAGGACAUUUUCUUUAAGACAGUCAGUCCAAGGGAGCAAUAAAGGAUAUUCAACAAAAACAAGUACUGUAGAUAGUGGUCAUGAAAGAAAAGGUGUGGUAAUGAUGUACAACCAUUCCACUAGAGAUGUUAGGAAUCUCCCUUACAGUAAUGAGAAUCUCGUGGUUCGGGACCAAAAUACUGAUGAAGAUGCUUACUCAAAGGCUCAGAAAGAAGAAACAAAUGACAACCUAAAACAAAAGGAGGUGCAAGCCAAAAUAGAAAUGCAAAGAAAUAAAGUUGCAGUGACAAAAGAAAACGUUGACAAGGAAUAUAGAGAUACUUUAGCAUUUCUUAAUUCAUUACCUAACAACAUGUCGAGUAAACCCAUUAGGAAAGCUUACAUGGAUGAAAAACGUCAGCAGCAGUUACAGGACACCCAUCAACAGAAGUUACAGCAGGAAUUUAGAAAUAUAGAAAAGGAAUGUAGAAAACACAAGUGUAAACAUGCUAAAAAUGUACAAAGCAAGUUAAAAACUCAAAACAAAGAACAUGAUGAUUUGAAUAAAAAAGAUUUCCAGUAUUCGUGGAUGCCAGUACCAGAAACUGAAAACAAUCUAGGAGUGCAUACAAUACCUGUGAGAGGUAAACGUGGCAGUACUGUGCAAUUUAGUGAAUAUGAAGAUUAUCAUGAAUACAGAUCAAGUCAUAAACAUACGCCACCCACUAAAGACAAUCCCAUCAAUGGGAAAUCCCCAAAAAAUAGAUAUGUGGAGACUGUACUUAUUGAGCAAAGUGGAAAUGAGUCAACAGACUGCUCCUCUAUAACUUCUGAUUCAAGUUCAGUGGAUAAUUUAGAUUUAAACAGAAGAAAGAAGAAAGUUGAAAGUUCAGAGGAGUUUGACUCGAAGUUGUCUGAUGCUGAUAGGGUUGUUAUUUAUAAAAUUCUUAACUCUAAAUAUGACAAAAAAAGAAAACUUCACAAGAAAUCUAAUUUGGUACAAAAAAGUUCUAAAUUGACAGAAUCAACUGGAGAAGAAGUUAGUAAUAAAUGUAAUGAUAAUGAAGAUAUUACAAAAACCAAGAAGAAUCUAAUUGCAGAUAAAAACGAUAACAUAAUCAAUACAACACCAUUCGAACAAUUGACUGAAGGAAUCUACAAAGCGGUUACUGAUAAUGGGGACAAUAUGACAUCAUUGCAGUUCUGUGAAAAUACAAAGACAAUCAAAAAUCUAACAUCAAAAGAAGAAACCGAUAAGGUUCAUAGAUGUUGCCAUUGUGCAAAGGAAAAUACCAAGGGUGAUUAUACUGACCCCUCACAAAAUCGCUGCGAGUCUUCAAAAAGCUCUGCUGGAAAAUGCGAUUGUGGUGGCAAUAUGCAAAACCCUGAAGUCCCAUUAAUACAGCCUUCAGUUGCAACAUCUACUUCAUCAUUUAAAAUAGCCGCUAAUAAUAAAAAUAACGUCUUGCUAUCUGAUAACGGUCAUAUAAAAUUUAUAGAUGAAGGUGGUCAAGAAAACGGAAAAUUUUACGUCGGAGCUACAGGGUUCCUUAAGGAUGAAACUUACGAAGUAAUUAUACAGUUGAGGAAAAAAGAGUUAAACGGAAAAGAUGAAGCAAAUAGUAAAAAACAGGCAACUAUACCCGAAACAACAAUAAAUAAACAAUUAUCCACAAAUGAUCAUAUACAGUUACAACAUUCAACUUCACCUAUGAAAGAAAGGAAUGAUUUAAAUAAAGAUCCCGAACAAGAAAAUACUGAAGAACAAAUAGAAGGUAGAAAUCCUCUUAGUGGGCCAGUACCACCUACAUUACUUUCGAAAUCGACUGAUAAUCAAGUUGCUUCUAAUAUCAACCUUCAAACAUCAACAGCUACAAGUAAUCAGGCCGAACCUACAAAAAUAAAUAAUGAAUCUGAAAAAAACUCAAACCAUGCCCAAAAAGCUACUUCUACAUAUACACAAACUACAAAUUCGCCAAUUCACAGACCCAUAUUUAUGCACAUGAGUUCUUCUACAUCUACAGCUUACAUGAGCCCACCUGAACUUAUUCUGCCUAGUUUUCUCAAAAGAGAUUACGCUCUUUCAUGUAAUGAAACAUGUGACUCGGCUAUAACCAAUGCGUCACAUGAAGAAUAUAAACGUUGUAAAUGCAAACACCGCGUUAACAAAAAGAGAUCCCCCAAUCCCGUAAACUAUAAAAAAGAAAAACACAAAUUUAAAAAAAUUGCCACACCGCCCAAUACAGCCAGUAGUGCUGACGAACGAAAUGAGUUUUCUAGUAAAAAUUACGGCAUACCUCCUGAAAAGCUUAAUAUAAUAAAAUGUGAUUCAUGCAGCAAUUAUAAGCACCGUCGCCAAUAUACCAACUUUAAUGUUAGUGAUGCUUAUAAAAAGAAUCCUCCAUUAAGUAACAUAUCGAGUUCUGCAUCAAAUAAAUAUGUAAAGGAUGUCAACCCUAAUAUGGCUAAGAAAUAUACAAAAACUACCUUAAAUCCCAACAUAAAAGCAUAUGUCAAUAAGCUUUUAGAACUAAACAAGGAAGGAAUUAAGGCUGUUGAAAUAAUUAACGAAGAAUGCAGCUCUGUACCAACACCAAGCAGUUCUAUUAUUAAUGACACAUUAAAUAUCAACACCAAAUUAUCAGCUCGUGCGCAAAUAUCUCUGGAGCAAAUUAAGAAUGUUCUUAAGGAAAAAAUCGUCAAUGAUUACAUAAUAAGAGGUAAUAAAGUGAAUGUAUCAGAGUUUCCAAAAAAAGUUAAUAGUAAAAAAAACAUGAGUUUUAAAAUACAUCACAAAGAACACAAAAGAAGAAAGCAAAUGCACAAAGUUAAGUCGUUGAACAUUUCUAAAAAAAUUGUUCCAAUGAAGAAAAAUGAUUGCCAAAAUCAUGCUCAUCCAUCGUACGAGCAGACAUCAGUGCCACCGUUGCUUAAAAAUGAAAUAAAUAAUCCGAUUUCUUUGGUUGCUAAAAUGCCUAAAUGUAUUAGGAAAAAUUCCUCGCCGCCUCACAAAAGCGACACUUCUAUAAAAAGUCAAAAAUCGAAAACUACUUUGAAUACUAAAAGAAGAUGUAAGUUUUGCACUACUACAACUCCGAUUUCUACAGAUUCCGAAAAUAUUAGUAUUCUUACUAGUGAACAUGACAAACUUGAUCAUCCACCUGCUCGUGUAACGACACAAGCAAGUAAAAAUUUUGAUAGUGAUACUAAUUCAAUGAAAGUAGUUGAAGGUAAACUACAAAACAUGGAAAAAAUUGCAGAUUUAACUGAAAAAUGUACUAUACGUUUAUCUAAUCUUGCCAAGGUAUUAGAAGAAGUAAGGAGAAAUAAAUCAUUAGCUUACAGUCAAAUCACAACUUCAGACUCAACUUCCGAUUCAGACUUGGAACGGAACAAACAAAGUUCUAUAAAUAAAAUUUCUACUCCCCCACUCACUAAUUUCCCCGAAAUUCAGAGCACAUGUAAUAAAUUAUUACCUCCAACGGUUACCUCUGACGAAGAAAAAGAAAAUAACGUCACAAAUGCUGAAACAUUCAUCCCAUUUCUAACUGAUAUUCCCAAGCCCAUAACUUUUAAAGCUCCUAUGCCGCCAGUUGUUUCUAAUCCAAAAAUUCUGACUAAUACAGAAAAUAAUAGCUGUAAUAUUGAAUGCACUUUUACUAAGAUAAGAGCAAAACCGCCACCUGCUUUGUCUAGAAUUAAUUUGAAAAAUGAACAAGAACAUAUUAUUCCCCAUGAAUUAUCGACUGUGCUUGAAGUAGAUUCGCCUAUGAGUUUAAAGGUUAAAAGUCAGUCACGUCACAAUAGUAAUGCUGAUAUUUCUAAUAGUUCGAGCAAAAGCGUCGAAGAUGUCAACGCCAAGGGAGACAAUAACAGUGUUCAAAAAAUAAUUACUCUUACACCCGCGAGAGAAAGUGCACAUCCAGAUUUAGUACAAAGCAAUAUAAACGCACCUAGAAAAUCUAAAUCUUUGACAACCGAUUCUUCCGAUGACUCUAAAUUACAGAUGAUGGAUUUAAAACAAUUCAAUGAAAUAAUGCUGAAACCCUUUAUAAGUAUUAAAGAGUAUGCAAAAAACCAUAAUAUAGAAACACCUGAAGAAGCUUCCAAUAUCGACGAUCGUUUGAAAGACACCUUAGCAAAUGACGAUCUCAGCUCUUUACACUCUGAAGGUAGUUUACCAGAUGUAAUUGCAGAGUUAUUGAAAAGGAAAAUUAUCAGCGAGCCUUUCAAAUUUGAUACAGCGUCGAACAUAAAUUCAAGUACAAUAUCUUCUGAAUCUACAGUAUCUUUAGCUUUAUCAAAUCUGAAAAAAGAAAGAAAAAAGUCUAGCACAUUAUUUCAAAACAAGAGAAAUACAGCUGAAACAUCUGAUACAUUAAGUAUUUCCUCAAAUCCUGAUUUAGAAAAUGCGUUUCAAAAACUUGGCAUGGGUUGGGCGUCGUCGACACUAAAAAAAACCAAACAACAGCUUGCCUUAUCAUCGUCUUCCAAUACUUCUAGCUCAAGUAGGACACAGCUUAAAAACAAAAAUCAAAUUAACCCUUCGAUUAAUUCUGAUUCCGUGUCGUUAUUAAAAAACGUGACUAAGUCUCCAAAGCAAAACGUUGAACAGCAAACAUCUCUGUCAAACUCCAUCACUGUUAAAGAAUUUUUGACUAAAGAACUUGCUAAAAGAAUAACAUUUACAAAUAAAUCUACGAGAAAUAUAACAGAUCAAGAAUUCGUGUCUCUCUACGAGACUAAAAUGCCUGAAGAAAUUAAACAGUUGGUAAACGAAGAAGACCAAUCUGCUAACAGUGUAGCUAAUUGCACUAAUAAUAGAGCGCGAACUUCAACGCCUGUCCAAAUGUUUAAAUCUAUGACUUAUCAUUCCAGUUCCACUUCGAACACUUCAAACGGAUUAUUUAGCAAUGCCGACGACUUAUCUUCGGUGAAAGUUACUUCAAAUUCCAUACGCAAUCAUUCCACCUCCGACAAGGAUGACUUAACCAUUCCAAAUUACAUGUUAAAAAUGACUAAAAGACAAUCGGAUUGUAGCAAAAGUGAUUAA